CCUUUUUUGGCGGGGUUCCCCUACUAAAAUUCGCAAACCUGGGGAUCAAUAUCACGUUAUCGGAGUCACAACAGUAUUAAAGUAGCCCAAUUCUGCGGAAAAUCCGUGGACUUGGCAACAGUAGAGGACGAUACGAAUUCCCGGAUGUUUUAUUUUUUGAAAGAAAAGUACCGCGUAGAGAGAUAACGAAUGUGAACGAUUUGCUAACCAUUGUCAGCACUUGCUCCCUGUUCUUCCUUUUUAAAACCGCGUUUUUAAGAGCCAUGUCUUACAGAAGAGGAGCUUUAAUUGUUCUUGAGGGAGUAGACAGAGCCGGGAAAACAACGCAAUGUCAAAGACUUGUGCAGGCGCUACAGCAGAGCGGACAAGCGGUAGAAAUGAUGAGAUUUCCAGACAGAGCCACUAAAAUUGGUCAGCUGAUCAGUUCGUACCUGGAGAAGAAAAGUAAUCUGGAGGAUCAUACUGUUCACCUGCUGUUUUCUGCGAACCGAUGGGAAAUGGUGCCUCUGAUCAAACAGAAGUUGGAACAAGGGAUCAAUCUAGUGGUGGACCGUUAUGCGUUUUCAGGAGUGGCCUUCACUAGUGCCAAACCUGGAUUCACUCUGGAGUGGUGCAUGAAUCCAGAUGUGGGGCUUCCAAAACCAGACCUGGUGAUGUUUUUGCAGCUCAAUCCCAGUAUGGCAGCAACCCGUGGAGAAUAUGGAAUUGAACGGUACGAGACAAGCGCUUUCCAACGCAAAGUUCAGCAAAGAUUUGAAGAGCUCAUGCAAGAUUCCUCAGUCAAUUGGAAGGUAAUUGAUGCUGCAAGGACCAUAGAGGAGGUGCACAAAGAUAUUAAGCUUUUGAGUGAAGACAUUAUCAGUUUAGCCGAGAAUCAGCCAGUUGGAGAGCUGUGGAGGUGAAUGGAUCACCGGUUCUGAGAGCUUUUCGUUUUUCACUUUUUCUGUCACAAUAUGUUGAACAGAAAAUUCAUAAUUGUAUUUUAAUUUUUUUAAUCAUUUGAUAAAUAAAUACUCAAAAUAAA